AUGGCUCUCCAGAUCAGCAAGAAGCGAAAGUUCGUCGCCGACGGCGUGUUCCUGGCCGAGCUGAACGAGAUGCUGACCCGCGAGCUCGGGGAGGACGGCUUCGCCGGCGUCGAGAUCCGGGUCACCCCCAUGCGCACCGAGAUCAUCAUCCGCGCCACCCGCACCCAGAACGUCCUCGGCGAGAAGGGCCGGAGGAUAAGGGAGCUGACUUCGGUGGUGCAGAAGCGCUUCAACUUUCCGGACGGCGGUGUGGAGCUCUACGCCGAGAAGGUCCUGAACCGCGGCCUCUGCGCCGUCGCUCAGGCCGAGUCCCUCCGCUACAAGCUGCUCGGUGGCCUCGCCGUCCGAAGAGCAUGCUAUGGUGUAGUCCGAUUUGUCAUGGAGAGUGGUGCGAAGGGCUGUGAGGUUAUUGUGAGUGGGAAGCUUAGGGCACAGCGUGCUAAGUCCAUGAAGUUCAAAGAUGGCUAUAUGAUCUCUUCUGGCCAUCCUGUCAACCAGUAUAUUGAUGGAGCUGUGAGGCAUGUUCUUCUGAGACAGGGUGUGCUGGGUAUCAAGGUUAAGAUCAUGCUUGACUGGGAUCCCAAGGGGAAACAAGGACCAUCUACACCUUUGCCUGACCUUGUUACCAUCCGCCCUCCUAAGGAUGAGGAUGAGUUCCUGAGACCUCUUGCAGCAGAAAUUGCAGUUGCUUAA